UGGAAAGGGAGAAAGAGGGGCAAGGAAAGAAAAUGCUAGCAUUGUUCUCUCCUCUUCCUUCUCUGGUUUAUGAACACUUAAAAAAAAAGAGCACCCAAAAAAGGUAUUGAUAUUUCACUUAUGCAAAACCCAAGAAAACGUUUUAUGUUGUUAUCUGGAAAGAGUUCUACACGUGUUGAAGAUUAAGGAGUUCAAUACAAACCGUUUGUUUUCUUUAUCUUUCUUCUUCUACUCCAUUAAACUUGAACAUUUUCUUUUUAUUUUUCUGGGUUUCUUCAUAAUCUGCAACAAAACUCAAAAAUGUUGCAGCAAAAGAUUCAUGUUAUAAUUCUGGGUUUGCCUUAAACCAGAUGAUAUAGCUCUUACAUCACUGAUUUUUUCUGGGUUUUUGCUGUUUUUUGGAGGGUCCCUUUAUUUUUUGGGAAGCUAUGUGUUUUAGUGAAUGAAUGGACACUUCUUCACAACUCUAUUCAAGUAGUAGCUCAAAACCUAUGGGGGAAGCAAUAAAUAUUAAUUCUAGCACAGGAAUUCUUAGUUCUACUAGUAUAAAUAUUAGUAGUUCUAGAGUAAGAAGUAAAGAAAUGGAAAAUCUUUCGUUUGAAAUAAGAAAAUACCCAAGAGAUCUCUUACAAACAUUUAUGGGUACUUCUUCAACUACAACUAGAAGUAAUAGAUCGGAUGAUGACCCAAAAUUUGGAGCAGAUGAGGAAGAUGAUGAUGAGGAUUUAAAUCUAGGACUUGGUUUGUCAUUAGGUGGUAAAUUUGGGGUUGAUAAAUCUAAAAAUAAAGGAUUAUUGAUUAGGUCAUCUUCAAUAGCUGGGACCAUGCCCUUAUUUAGGGAGGAAGAUAGUAAUUCAUUAGUAACACCGCCGGUGAAAACGCCGGUUUCUGGUCUUGUUAGAACGUCGUCGUUGCCGGUGGAGACAGAGGAAGAAUGGAAGAAAAGGAAAGAGAUGCAGACAUUGAGAAGGAUGGAGGCUAAACGACGUCGUUCUGAAAAGCAGAGGAAUUUGAAGGAGAGUGGUGGGGAGGAAAAAGGGGUGAAAACAGGGUUGAAAUUGAGGGCAAGAUUGGAAAAAGAACAAAUUAGUUUGGGGAUUACUAAUAAGUUUGUUGGGUCUUCAAUGGGGAAUUUAUUUGGGUCAUCUAAACCACCUCAAUCUAGUACUAGUGGUGGUGAAGUUAAAGGGAGAAGAACUACUUUUGGUAGUUUGCAAGGGUUCUUAUUGGCUCAAGCCCAAGCCCAAGCCCAAGCCCAAGCCCAAGCCCAGGUGGCGCACCCGCAGUUGGGUUCUUCUCAGGGCUCAGGAGAAUCACAUGGGGGUAGCUCCUCCACUGAGCAUGAGAGUAAAACUCAUCAAGGGUCAAGCAGUUGUGGUGAAGCGAGAAGCCCACCUAGUACCCCUUCUCUACAAGAACGUAGUAGCCACGAAUCCACUGGCACCCUGGGAAGGAAAGACGUUUCCAUCCAGCGAGCUAGUGGGCCCGAGGCAGAGAGUUCAUCUAAGCAACCGGAGAGUGCAGAAACGAAAAAGGAAAUGGGAUCAAGUGGGAUAGAGGAUAUGCCGUGUGUGUUCACCAUCGGGGAUGGUCCUAAUGGUCGGAAAGUGGAAGGGAUCUUAUACAAGUACGGGAAAGGCGAAGAAGUACGCAUCAUGUGUGUUUGUCACGGAAACUUCUUCUCUCCUUCCGAGUUUGUUAAGCAUGCCGGUGGCAAAGACGUAGAGCACCCUCUUAGACAUAUCGUUGUUAGCCCAUCGACAUCGCCUUUCUAGUGAACGGUACACUCCUUUCCGAUGGAACUAUGCAACGUAUAACAUUGUUUUUAUUAUGAUGUAGAGGUAUUUACUAGUCGAUAUGUAAGCUUCUUAACGCAUCCCCUUCUAAAACAUUUUUUAAAAUAUUUUUUUGUUGGAGACUUUUUGUUACAUGGAACUCGGUUUAUUGGGAUGAGAAAUGGUGAAAGGCAGCUUCUUUUUUUUGUUUUUGCCUUGGUUUGGGCUGAAAGAGAAUGAUUGUUGAAGGAAAUGUGUUUGUUGUCCGUGUUCUUCGAGUACCAAGCAUGUCUUUUGCAAUUUUCUUCGGUUUCGUUUUGGUUUUCAAGCAAUGUGACAUGAGUCGUGGUCAUAUCUUUUUAACCGUUCAACAAAUUUUCGGACCCAUCAGUACAGUUCGAGUAAUUAUGAGCAGAUUUAAGGUAAACAAUAAUAGCCAAUAAGGCAAUUAUAUGGUGUAAUAACUGCUUGUUUAGUUUUGGUCCAUUUGGAUAUGACGGAAUAAUAGGGUGCGUUAGGUUUGUCUGAUCCGACUCCCCUCUUAAUUCUUAAUUUGAAGUUGGCAUAUACAAUAUUUUCGACUUUUGUAAUUUGGGCAUAUGCUUGAUAUUAACAUUUUUUCUUUUCUUUACGAAUCAAUGCUAUCCUUAUAACAAAAUAACAUACUGAACCGAGUUGUGGGUUCUUAUCGAAGCUUGGUCUUUUGCACAUAUUAAUAACUAUUAGGCAUUUGUUUAGUUUGAUAUAAGAUAAUUAUUCGUUAGGCACCUUACCUGUUGAAUCGACACGACCCUUAUAACAAAAGAAACACAUCGUUGAGUAGUAUCUUCGGUAUAC